AUGCCCCCAUCAACACGAGCAGGACAGACAGGAAGGGAGGAGAGAGAUGAUGAUCAAGCGGCCGCCACUGCAGGCAAUGGUUGCAAGGAGGGUUGGCUCACACAGGUAGUAAGGAUCUUACAGUUGGCAAACCUGGCAUUGACAGUGGAGGAAGCAAUUGUACAAGUGAUGAGCCUCAUCAGCAUUAGCAGUCAAGCUCCAAAAGGGGAGGUGGAGAAGAUUCCCAAGGACAUUUCGAGUGCCAUUGCACACAUCAAGAAGCUCAGUGAUAACAACUGGCAUACCUGGGAGCCUACCUUUAUCAACUGUCUGCAAUGGGAUGUCAUCAGACUAGGCAAGGAACUUGACUCCAUUUGGAAUGAUGCAGUGUGCCUAGGGAAACAUUUCGACAAAGACCUCAAGAAGUCCACCCUUUACUGCUGUACAGCUCAGGAUUGGUUCUAUGCUAACUCUGUCAAUGCACUCAAGAUGGCCAAACCAGACUGUGUGACCCAUCAUAUGGUAAAUGAUGAGAGGAUGCUGCUCACCUCGACGAGCAAGGAUGGUCAGAUCAGUAUGGCAGGGGAUGAAAAGCUUCAGGUAAAAGCCAUAGGAGAUGCCUCCCUUCAGGUUGGUGAGGCUACCAUCCAGCUAUUGGAUGUGCUCUAUGUGCCAAAGCUCAAUUCUAAUUUAUUGUCCAUACAAGGCUUGAUCGAGAACAGACAAGCACUAGCCUUGGAGCUGGAGAAGACUCUCAAUGAUGUCCCAGAGGACAAUGAGAACACAGGAAGACACAACAAUGUCCCAGAGGAUGGUAAGAACACAGGAGAUCAGGACAGCUACCUCUGGCAUGAGAGGUUUGGACACCUGGGACGAGAUAAGACAAGGCAAAUCCAGGCACACUACCUUGGUACUGGUGAGAAAAUGGAGCAUGAAUCGAAGCACUGCAAUGCAUGCAGUCAAGGGAAACAGACCCAAGUGCAGAUGAGCCAAUCAGAGUUGAAAAGAGCAGAGGUGCCACUAGAGCUAGUACAUGUAGAUCUGAUGACAGAUCUUAAGGGCCAUGCCAACUACCACUAUGCACUAGUUGCUGUGGAUGACUUCUCCUCCCUGAUCUACACAGAACCACUCUGCACUAAGAGUGCUGCACUCACAGCACUGAGAAGGUGGGUUACCAGGAUGGAACGAGCAAUGGGCAGGAAACUCAAAACACUCUGCAGUGACAAUGGAGGAGAGUGGUGCAGCUUAGAAGCUGAAGACUGGCAAACUCAGGAGGGUUUCAAGUGGCAAAAGAGCAUUCUGGGGAUCAGCAUCCAGAAUGGACAGGUGGAGAGAGCAAUCAGGUUGGUCCAAGAAAAGAUGUGCUCAAUGCUGAUUGGUCAAGCUUGCCCCAGAGAGUUGUGGCCAUAUGCAAUCACAGCAGUGGUGCAUGUGAUGAACCUCACCCUGUCAGCCACCAAGACCAUUCCCUACAAGGCCUUUUACAGAACCACUGCACACAAACUGGCCCAACAGCUGCGAGUUUUUGGGUGCCUGGCAUGGGUCCACAUCCAAUGGAAGGAUCAGCAAGGCAAGUACAGACCUAGAGCAAAACCAGCCAUCAUGAUUGGGUAUGAUGACAAACAUAAGGUGUGGAAGUUCUGCAACCUGGACCAGCCCACAUCAAUUCAAUGGAGCAACUCAGCAACAUUCCAUGAAGACAAAGGAUGGAUGGAGGAGGAGACCAGAUCAGAGGCUGUGGUGGAGGACCUUCUGCCAGCCAUGGACAGCACAGUAGGCACUGCCAACACAGCAGUGCUGAACAUGGACCCAACACUUGGAGAGGCAAUGAAUGGUGAGGAUGCCCAGCUCUGGAGGGAGGCAAUAUGA